UUACGUAUAGUUAUAUUAUGUGCGUCUGAUUUCACACCUAAAGUACCAAAAAUUUUGCAUACUAUGCGCCCCGUUUUCGCGUAUAGGAAAUAUUCGCAAUAUUUCAAAAAUGUAAAAAGAAUUGCCUGUUUCAACAUUUAUUGGUGCUCCGCCAAUGUAUACCAUUAGCGCAGUUGGAUAACUUUCUAUUAUCAUCCUUUAAAAGCCUACCUGGGACAGUCAUGACAGUAUAUCUAUUAUACUUUUUAAAUAAAAUACAAAUGUGUACCAAUUCGGCGCUAGUCGACAGUCUAGAAUGCUACAUGGAUGACCUCGUAGACUGCUUUCAAGAUUUUAUAAAAAAAUCUCUGAUUGUCAUAUCCAUAGCUAUUGGCACUUUAGUUGUUAUGCUGAUGUAUGUGUUGAAGGCUAUUACUGAACGGUUACUUAUAACAUCAAAUGGUACAGGCAAUACACCAAACGUAAUAUUGCAAGAUUCUGGUCUGUCCCUUAGCUGUAAUACUAACACACCAAGCAAUAACCUACAAUAUGGGAAUUCUAGAAACCUAUCGAAGAGCAAUAUCGAUGUACGCAGUUACAAAGAUGUAUACAAGAAAACCUCAAUGCCAUCUACAAAUACAAACACUAUGCCAAGUGUUGCAAGUUAUGAUGAAAAAGUACUUAAAAAUAUUGGGUUCUCAAAUUGUUCUAAAAGCUGUAUGCCCAAUAAGAGAUCUUUAACAUGUAAUAACCGUUCUUCUAUAAGAUUAACCGUUCCUAGUUUGCCGACUUGUACACACCCAAACCAAUCAUCUUCAUCUCAAUCACGUGAAAAAUAUAUCUCUGAUAGAAGCUCAUGCUGCUCCAUGUGUUGUGAUGAUGACCAGCGACGAUCUAAUCUAGAAACAAAAUAGAGUAUACCCAUUAAAAGU